UCAAUGUUAUUUGAGUCGGGUCAUCAGGCCCCAGAGAUUCCAGAGUGCACAAUGCAGAAGACUGCCUACUAUGAGAACACGGGCCUUUUUGGGGGUUAUGGCUACAGCAAAGCUGCUGACACUUAUGGCUAUGGGUCUACUCAUCAGCCUUACCCACCCCCUGCUGCCCCUGCAGCCCUGGAUGCUGAUUAUACAGGUUCUGCUUGUUCCAUCCAGAGCUCAGCACCAAUCCGUGCCCCAACCCACAAAGGUGGGGAGCUCAAUGGUAGUUGCAUGCGUCCAGGUGGUGGGAGUGGCCAGACUGGUGGGGGUGGCAGUCAACCCCCUGGCUUGAAUACAGAUCAGCAGCCACCCCCACCCCCACCCCCACCACCUACACUGCCCCCAUCCUCACCUACAAAUCCUAGUGGUGCUACCCCAGUCAAGAAGGCCAAAGGUGGCCCCAAUGCCUCUGGCUCUUCCUCUGCUACUAUCAGCAAACAGAUCUUCCCCUGGAUGAAGGAAUCCCGGCAGAACUCCAAGCAGAAGAGCAAUUGUGCCACUUCAGGUGAGAGCUGUGAGGACAAGAGCCCACCAGGUCCGGCGUCCAAACGGGUCCGUACAGCUUACACAAGUGCGCAGCUGGUGGAGUUAGAGAAGGAAUUUCAUUUCAACCGUUACCUGUGCCGUCCACGCCGGGUGGAGAUGGCCAACCUGCUCAACCUCACCGAGCGCCAGAUCAAGAUCUGGUUCCAGAACAGACGGAUGAAGUACAAGAAGGACCAGAAGGCCAAGGGCAUCAUGCACUCGCCUGUGGGUCAGUCUCCAGAGCGCAGCCCUCCACUGAGCGGGGCUAACCACGUGGGCUAUUCAGGCCAGCUCCCCCCAGUGCCGGGGCUGGGCUACGAUGCUCCCUCGCCCCCUUCUUUCGCCAAGUCCCAGCAGAACAUGUACGGCCUGGCCGCCUACACGGCGCCGCUCAGCAGUUGCCUCCCACAACAGAAGCGAUACCCAGGCCCUGAGUACGAGCACCACCCCAUGCAGAGCAACGGGAGUUUUGCCAACGCCAACCUGCAGGGCAGCCCGGUCUACGUCGGUGGGAACUUUGUCGAUUCCAUGCCGGCUUCGGGUCCAGUCUUCAACCUGGGCCACCUCUCCCAUCCCUCGUCGGCCAGCGUGGACUACAGCUGCGCCGCCCAGAUCCCGGGCAACCACCAUCACGGACCGUGUGACCCCCACCCCACCUACACAGAUCUCACGUCUCACCAUACAUCUCAGGGAAGGAUUCAAGAAGCCCCCAAACUGACACAUCUGUAGUGGGCUCCGGUCCUGUAGGAGGGCGCUGCAGCGACGGACUCACGUUUGAAUUACCUCACUUUGGUUUGGGUUUGUUAUUUUCUUUUUAAAACAUUUUGUUUGUUUGUUUGUUUGUUUGUGUGCCUGUUUUACCCUUUUCCUUUCUUCUCCACUCCCUUGACGUUCCCUGGUCCCUGUAACUCAAAGGGCCCACAGUCUAGCAGUGGAGGGGUCUCCCUUCUCCUAACCGCUCCUCCUUUGGGGUAACUCUUCAUAAAUCAACUAAAAGGAUCCUCUGUGAGCAUGACAGUGCAAUAUACUGCAAACCAAGGGACUAAUAAUCUGGUAAUGAUGUACUGGAAGGUAAGUCUUAGAUCAAUUAGAGUUAGCACGUCAUGCAGAGGGGAUGUAGACCAAGUGUGAGCGAUGGGAUCUUUCUUGCCUGCAUCGAAGCUUAUUUCCAGAGACGUUAAUUUAUAUGAUUCCUCAAUAAUGUAAGGAUUGCAUAGGACUAAAUGAUAUGUAUUUAUUAUUUUAAGCGAGUCAUUUUGUAUCACGGAUUAUUUAUCCUCGUCUUAAUGUAUUUAUGUGUAUAUUUGUAGAGUUUAUUCAGCGUAUCUUCGGGAGAUCGAUUCAGGUCCGCGGUGGCUACGUUUCACCUAUUUAGUCUACUUGGUCUGAACCUAGUUGAGAGAGUAGUUUUGAACAGUUGUAACAGUGGCUGGUGUUUGUAGUUUAUGUGAGGAUUAAUUAAGACCGCAAAUUGUAAUUCAUGAAUAGAGUGGCACAGAACAUUUCGAAAAGGCGGUUUUGCAUUUUCUGAACACAUAGCACACACCACACACGGUUUAUUAAUUUCAAGUUGUCUGGUACCAUUUGAACAAAUACUUAGAAUAAAAAAAAGUACGUUUCUCAGUUAGAAGUGUAUCUGUUUUGAUAAUGCAGCCUUGCGAGCAGAUCACGCUGCCAUUUUCUUGCUGAAAAACAAACAAACAACAACAAAAAAAAAAAAAAAAAAAAAAAACACACACACACACAGGGACACAAAGCCCUUCUGAGGCUGACGAUUGCUUGCGGAUGGGAAGCCAGAGCCCCAAGUCUUUAUGGGGGUUACUUUCCGACAUUCCAGCUUUUCGAACUAGAGGAGGAAAACCCUAGAUGGCAGGAAUUAAGAGCCGUUUUAAUAGUGAUGAUUUCAUUAGAGAUUUCCGGAAGGACUCACAAUGCUGCUGCCUCUCUCCUUUGUUGUUUCUACCGUCGUCUUUCUACUAGGCAGGAAUCGAUUUUUUUGUAGACUUCAUUUCAAUUUGGGAGACUCAAGCUUACUUUUGUGCAUUAAUUAAUAAUAUAUUUAAAAAAGGAACUUUGAAAGAAAAAUGACAAUCAAAGAAAAGACACAAGGCACAGAAAAAAAAAAAAACCGCAGCCCACCACUCAUAAAUCCCGUGGAAAUGUGCUCAGAAGCUUUUUAUUUAGAUGAUGCUGUUCACGAUUCACCUCGUUCUCUUUUGUAGUAGCCAGUGGGUCAUUUCCAAGGAAAACAAACUUUAACUUACAAUGUAAAAUAAUAAAAGUUUCACUAAUAGAACCGAAAACAACAAA